ACCUCCAAAGCAACACCUCCCCUUCUUUCCUGUUCAGUCCAGUCUGUCCAUAUCAGUCUGCUCGCCUCCCCCUUCUUACACUCUUGUAAUGGGCACAGAGUUCCAUGGCGCCGAGCUCUCGACAGCCUGGGCUGCGUCAUUGGCAGCCCUCCACCCCGGGUUCAACGACGUCUCCACUACUGCCUCAUUGGAAGUCCUCGAUGUCAGCCGAGCCAAGCUCACUCUUCAGAGGUACUUCUUACAGACACAGAGGACGUCGGCGGGGGGCCCAUCGGUGAGCCUCCAAGCCCAGGCGACAGGAGCCAUCGAACUGCUGAGACGCAGUGGCUUCGAUGCGGACGCGGAGGCUUACGCCGCCUUGCGGAUCGCCACGGAGUCCAGGAUGCUGGAAAGUCAGGCACAGCAUUUGAACGCUUUGGAAGUGACUGGUAUUGCCGGCGUCCCGCAUGCCUUACAGGCUCUAGCUGCAGAAAUGGGUGCUCUGAGAAGUCUAGCAUCUGAAUUGGGACUGUUCGACUCGAGGAACGACCAUACCCACCUUCUAGAAAGCUUGACGAAGGAGCUCCUGCUUGUAGCUCUGAGGCAGCGACCAGCAACACUCGCUAUAUUGAGAGACUGGAUCGGCAUAGCAUACUUCACAGAGACGUCCCAGGCCGGCCUCAGCCUUCCCGCAAUUCGAGAUGCUCGACGUCACUUUGUCGAGCUCGGGCUUAAGAAUCUCAUCCAUCUCGGGGUUGAAUAUGCUGCAAGGAACACGCUGAGGAGAAGAGUGCAUUAUGAGCUCGGUAAGGAAGAGGACACAGCCGUAGCCAGGGUCGAUGCUGCUGCAAGGCAAGCUGACGAGCUCCGCCUCAGCUACGCAAGACAAAUGCGUGCUCGGGACGACAUUGAAGCAUCGACCGCAUCCGAUGGCGAUACGGAUCCUGAUACCCUGUUGCAGUCACUGGACCCUGAAAAGGAAGCUCGCCCUCUGCUUGUCGACUUUGUUGUCAACAACUUGUCCCGAUGUAAGCUCGGGUGGUACACAGAGGCAGGGGAAACCUCCUAUAGCGACCAGGCACACUGGCAAGAGAGCUUCAUCUACUACAUGGACACGCUCAUCACCGAGAUCAGAUCUUCGCAAUUGUUCGAUCUCAUCACUGACUGGCCUGCGUCCACGCCGGCGCUUGCAGAUCUCAAGGCGUCCCUUCUAGAGACUCGAAUGAAAGUCUACGUCAGUACGCAGCUUCAGUCAUCUUUGGAGAAACGUCUGCUUCAUCCUGGAGCUCGGACGAGGGACAUCCUGCAAUUGUAUGUGUCUCUUGUCUACGCAGUAAGAUACAUUGAUCCGUCUGGUGUCAUACUGUCCCGUAUUGCGGGACCGAUCAGACGCUAUUUGCGCUCAAGGUCGGACACCGUUCCAGUGAUUGUUGCAAGUCUGUUGGGCGAUGAUGAGGCCUUUGUCCACCUAAGAGGAGAGCUCGACGCCGCUGGCAAGAACGAACUGGUCGGAGCUGCCAAUCAGGCUGACACAAGCCUUGGCGGGGGCGAUCGGGACGAGGAAGAGGAAGACGAGCAACGCUUACUGGCGGAUGGUCCCGUAUCUCUCACUGGCCCCGCUCCUUCCAAAGUCGUCGACUACCAAGAUCCCAACUACGAACCCCAACCCAUAGAUGCUGGUCCUUCCUACAAACAGACGAGAUCUGCAGAUGUCAUCGCCAUGCUUGUCUCCAUCUUUGACGACAAGGCCUCCUUUGUCAAGGCCCUGGAGAUCUCUACAGCCAAAGCUUUGUUGAAGAGCGAAGGUUACGAGGUUACUCGAGAAUAUCGCAACAACGAAAUCCUGAAGCGACGCUUUGGUGAUACUUCUCUCGCCCGGUGCGAUGUCAUGCUUCAGGAUGUGAUAGACUCCCGGCGGGUGGACUCUUCGGUUCGUCAGCUGCUGUCUACCCCUCUCCAUCAUCUGACCUCUCCCACGAAGAAGAAGCUGCCCGGCGAUCCGGCCACGAGUGGCAUGACAGAAGAGUUCAAGGCGCUCAAGCCUCUGAUAACCUCGAGGCACUUCUGGCCUGACCUAGAGGGUGCCGAAGUACCACAUGCUGCGCCCACAGACGCCUCGGACAAACCGGUCAGUCUAGCGAGCAUCGGGCCACCUCCCGGUGGGCUGGACCUUAAGCUUCCCUCGAAGAUGGGCAAAGCUAUGGACGACUACAAUAGGACAUUUACAGCACUACGCGACUCCCGACGUCUGCGAUGGCUGGCAGGCUACGGGCGCGUCACCGUGUCUGUGGAAAUGAAAGACGGACGAAGCUGGGAGGAAGCGGUAGAUCCUAUUCGCGCCGGAGUGCUCUACCUGGCGGCGGAGAAAGCAGAGCAGGGUGAGCCUCUGAUUGUCGCAGAUGUAGAAAGCAGCAUGAACAUCCCCUCAGGCAGUCGGGAGCUGGAGGCUGCAAUAGGCUACUGGUGUACAAGGAACGUAUUGGCUCCCGUCGAGGGCAGGAAAGGUUGGUUUGUGGAAUGCGAGCUGCAGCCCGAGCAGGCACAGCUGCCGACGAGCGCGUCAAAGUAGACACCGAGAACAGCGUACCAUGUCGAAAGCAAUGAGAUACCCGUCUGAUCCCCAUUGUCACC